AUGCCAGUUUUCGAGCUGAGCCCCCGCUCCCUGAUCUCCCUGCUGGGCAUCGUCCGCUUCUUUGAGAUCUUCUUUGCCUGCACGGCCUUCAGCCUGGUCUCCGUCUACCACAGCUACCACGGCCCCAGCGGCAACUGGUGCAUGUUCACCUGGUGUUUCUGCUUCGCCGUCACCGUCCUCAUCAUCUUGGCGGAGCUCGUCGGCGUGGCCCAGUCGCUGCCGAUCUCCUGGCAGGACUUCACCUCCGCCUUCUCCAUGCUGGCCGCCCUCAUGAUCUUCACCACCUCCGUGGUCUACCCGUCGGUCUUCCUCGCUCACGGCUGCUCGGGCACACCGUGCGGCUACAAAGGGGCGGCCACGGCCAUGUCCAUCCUCUGCUUCCUCGCUUACGCCGCCGAAGUGGGGAUCACCCGAGCCAAACCCGGCGAGGUCAGUGGCUUCCUGGCCACCGUUCCCGGCCUCCUGAAGGUGUUCGAGGCCUACGUGGCUUGCCUCAUCUUCUCCAUGAUCGUCAUUGCGCGAUAUUGGGCCUUUCCAGGACUCCAGUGGUGCGUGGCCGUCUACAGCAUCUGCUUCAUCGUCACGCUGCUCAUCGUCAUCCUCACCGUGGGACGUUGCCUCGCCUCCCUUCCCUUCCCCUUGGAGAAGUUCUUGGUGGGCUUCAACCUCUUGGCGGUGCUAAUGUAUGCCACGGCCACCUUUGUGUGGCCCAUCUAUAGUUUCAGGAACCAGUCGAGAACCGCGGACUGCAAUGAUGGACCCUGCAUGUGGAGCUAUCGUCUCGGCGUGACUUUCCUGACCAUCUUCAACCUCAUCGCCUACAUUGUGGAUCUCGUCUACUCCUCCAAGAUGGUCUUUGUGACCACGCCGGCGUAG